GGGGAAGGUUGCUGGCUGAGUGCCGGACAGUUGGAGCUGGAGGCGUCCGGGUGACAGACAUGCCUCGAUUCUGAGAGCUUCCCUCAGAGACUAAUGGCAGAUUCAUCCAGUGACUCUGAUCACAUCCGUCACAGAGUCGGAAGACGCGGUCCUAUAAGAGCAACCAGAAUCCCAAAUCAUGCUGCUGAAGAUGUUACAGAGAAGAUCCAAACAUUAGCAAGCACUUUACAGGAUACCAAUCGGAAUCUGAAACAUGUGGACCAGAUGCUGGGCCAGUAUCGGGAGUACAACAAUGAACAGGCAGAAGCAAUUGCAAAUCUUAAAGAAACAUUGGAACAAUCCAUAGGCCAAUUAAGGAGCCAACGAUUAUUGAGAAGUUCUGGAGUGAGGAGUGCAUCUCUUUCAAGCUUAUAUGCAAGUGACCUAGAUGGUGGAGCCCCAGAAAGCCAUCACUUCCAGCCUACCUCUCCCCUCAAGGAUUAUGGUGGUACACUGGGUACUAGACGCCGACGGUCUAGGUCUGCUGUCCGAUUUGUUGACAAGCGAGAUAAUCUGGGUCAGCUGCACUCUUUACACCAGUCACUUAGAGAUGUCAGCAGUGAGCAAGUUCGUUUGGAAGAUGACCUCAGCAGAGAGCUUUCAAGAAGGAACAGAACUGAUGCAGAAACAAAAAAGAGAUUGGAAGACUUAUCCGUCAGACUCGACGAAUCCCAAAGACAGGAAACAGUGUCAGAACGGGUAGAGAGGAGACUUCAGGAGAUAGAACGAGAAAUCCGCUCAGAAAGGCAGCUGGUAGAAAGACGGCAGGAUCAACUGGGUCACAUGUCUGUGCAUCUGCAGGAGGCUUUAAAGCAUCAAGAUGCUAAUGCUAACGAAGUGGAAAUUGUCUUAAAAAAUAAAGUCCUGAAAAUGGAAGGUGAAAAAAGCAAACUUGAACAGGAUUUGGAGCACUCCCGGAGGAAACUGGAUCAGUCAGAAAACAGCCGAGAAGUUCUUCUCCACCAGAUUGAGGAUCUUCGUUCCCAACUCCUUAGAGCAGAAGAGGAGCGUCUGAAUCUGCAGCAUCAAAUUUCUCAGGUUGCCAUACAUCACCAGAGCCAUACAGAUGGGCAAGAGACGGACAGGAGGAAACGAGGAGUGCUUGACAGGUCAGAUCCAGAGAAACAAGUGAUGGAGAAACAGAUCUGGGAAUUGAGAGCCAAGCUAAAUCACAGUGCAGUGAUGUCAGAGAUAGAGGAGUUAAAGCGAUGCAUAGAACACAAGGACAAAGAGAGAGCACAGCUUGGAAUGCAAAUAGAGGUUUUAACAUCUGACUUGGAAAUGAGGGAGACCCAGCAGCAAAGGAUGCUGAGCCAGCUGAAGGAGAUCCAGAGCAACUACAAGGUGUGUGAAAGCGAGUGCAGAGCUGCAGAACUCCAGGUCACCAACCUGGCUCAGCAAUUGGAAGAGUCGACUAAGGAAGCUGAGAGGUACUUGGCUGAAUUCAGACAAUCUGAAGUACUUCGGCUAGAGAAUGAGAAGAAGAAGGAGGAAUUAAAACUGAAAGCUCAGGAAUCUAUUAGACACUGGAAGUUGAAGUGUAAGAAACUGGAACACGAAAUAGAGAAACAGACUGAACUUCACAGCCAGUUGAUGGAGAAGAACAAUCUGCUCCUUAAAGAAAAGGAUGACUUGAAGAGUCAGCUUCUUUCAGCUAUGCACCAGAUGGAAAAUCUGCAGAAGGAACUGACUGAUGUUCUUGAGAAGAGGGCCAAGCAAGAAGAGGAGCUGCAUUGUAAAGAAAUGAAGCUCAGUGAAACUAGAUCGCUGCAGGUGGCUCUCGAACAAGAGAUUAGCGAUGUCAGAGAAACUGCAGAUAAAUUGGAGAGUGAGCUUCAAAAGCAGAGCUUAACACUGAGCCAAAUAAGAUCUGAUAAACAAUGUUUAGAAGAGGAGCUUGCAACAGUUAAUAUGAUCCAUGAAAAGGACCAGACAAGACUGCUAGAGAUGCAAUCAGUUAUUAAAAACCUGAGUGCUGUUCGGGCAGAAUUGACCAACAAAAUAGCAGAAGAAGAGAAAUCCAAAAAGGAGAUGCGCAAGACCCUGAUGGAACUCCAGAAGCAACAGGAGUCUAGUCAGGAGGAGAUGGCUACAACCAGUAAGCAACUAAAGUUGGAGAGAGAUGUCCACCAACAGGAGCUGGCAGAACUUCAGUCAGAGUUGCAGCGGGUGAGAGCCAAACAUGACCAACGUGUCCAAGAGAUGAUGAAGCUGUUCAGCCAAGAAAAGGAGGAGGCAGCUGAUCACAUUCGAAUACUGAAGGCUGAACUUGUAGAAGAAAAAAAAUUAGCAAAAGCUUAUCGCCGACAGGUGGAAAAGAUGAAAAUUGAAUGUGAUAAGUUGACAGAGGAGCUAAACCAUAAGGAAGAAGAAUAUGCAAAAUUUAGGCGAAAAUACCAGCUGAUGAAGCAGGAACUGGAUGAAAAGAAUAAAAGGAUAAAUAGUGAAGAUGACCACCUAAGGAGGAUAGAGGAAGUCAGAUCACAACUUCAUGACCAACUGCGAUGUCUUCAAAAGGAACAGGAAUCUAUCCUCUCUAUGAUAGGAAGUGAAAUUGAUGCAGCUUGUGAAGUCUUUUCUAGGGACUCGGUGGAGAAAUUCACAGCAAUAUCACUUAUGCCUGGGGUACAGAAUGACCCUCAUCGAUGGUUAGCAGAAACAAAGACUAAACUUCGAUGGUUGUGUGAAGAAGUAAAGGAGAGAGAAACCAAGGAAAAGAAGCUUCGGCAUCACCUGCUGCAGAGCCGGGAGCAAUUGAAGCAACUGACCUUCAGCAAAGAGACAGAGCACCAAAACCUCAUGGGUCAAAUAGAAAAGCAGGAGCAACAACUCAAUGAAGUUUACUACGAGAAGAAAGGUCUACUGGAGAAGACUCUCAGGAAGGAGGAAGAAAUAGGUGCUUUGCAGGAGCGGAUAACAGCGCUGGAAACAAGUACUCGAGUGGCCUUAGAUCAUCUGGAGUCUGUUCCUGAGAAACUGAACCUUUUAGAAGAUUUCAGAGAUUUUGGAGAUUCUCACAGGCAGACAGAAAUUGUUGAAGAGAGAUACAGUAAAUACAAGGAAAUUAUGGGCUCCUUACAACAGCAUCUGGAUGAUUCAAAGCGCAGACUUGAAGACUUCAAGGAUAAGAAAACCAGUGCUGAUAUUUCUGCUAUACAGAAUGCAUCUUCCAACUGGAGAACCAACACCAGCUUUAUGUCCAGCUCCUUGCUUUCCGAUUCAGGAUCAUUUACCAAAAGUACUUCUGCCUUGGAUUUCAAUGCAACUAAGAAAGAUUCUGUCAGCAUGGCUGUCAAUGGGAUGAAGCUACGAACAGAGAAAGAGAAGUAUUGAAGCAACGAAGGAAUGUGCAAUUUCACUGCAGGAAACUCAGCUCUGUGCCAGUUUCUUUGGCACUGGCUGCAGUCAAGUACAGCUGUAUUUACAAAAGCUGUGAAGAUUCCUUGGUUCAACCAAUGCCAAAUAUUUACUGAAAACAGCAUCUCAAUUGAGUAUCUAAAGCGAGGCGGGUUAAACCUGAAGAUAAACCAUAAAAUGUAAAAUGCCAAAGCAUCUUGUGGUGUGAAGCACUGUGCCCUUUUAUCAAUUCUCAACAAACCCCUCAUGCAACAUGUGAAUUUUUUUUAUUGAAUUUUAUAUAUAUAUAAAUAACUUAUGUUUUAACUUCAUAGAUGUGGUGAAACUUUGUUUGAACAAUAAUUCAGGUAAAAUAUAAGCACACGUCUUCAGAAUCAGGAACUGCUUUAUUUGUGGGUAAAUAAGAUGUUUUAUAACAUAGUAUAAAAAUGUGCAUGCAUAAUAGAAUUUUACAGCAAAACAUGCCUCGGACACUUUAAGCAAUGAUUACGUUAUUGUGCUUAAUAAUAGAAAUGGUUUAUAUCUGAAACAAUGACCUGAAUUUCCUCCACUUUAGGGGAAGUUAAGAUUACAUUCCGUACUUCAUUCUGUUUGGGACUAUUCUGUUUGUUGAUCCAAGCUCAGCCUCUAAUCCACGCAACCUAAUCCAAAUUUCUCUCAAACUGAAGGAAAUUCAGUUAACUGCUUGUUAUGAACCACUUCUAUGAUGACGCGUUAGAAUAAUUUCGUUCCUAAAACCUAAAGCAUCUAAUAAUGAAAUGAAAUAUUUUCGUUCCUACUUGCUUGAGGAUAAGCAGAGUCGCAGUAUCGAAUUUUGCACAACAAAUUCUCCCAGAGAUGCCUGUAACUUAAUAAGCAGGUUGAAAACCUUUGGCAGGAGAGGUUGGUU